AUGAUAAUCAUAGCAUAAUAAAAAGGAAAUGUUUAUUUUUUUAAAUAAUACUUUCUUUUUUUGUGUUAUUUUUCAUAACAUUUCUAAUAAAUUGAAUUAUAAUAAUUUUAAAUUAAAGUCUUGAUUUCAUUACUUAACAAUUUAUUUAUUUAUUUUUUUAUUCAUGUAAAAAUUAUAAUUUUUUGUAAAAAUAAAUAAAAAUCUGCUAAUUUUUUUAUUGAUAAUUUUAAAUUUAAUAGAAAUUCUUAUAUUUUUAAAUUAUCAUUAUUUGGAGGUAUUAAUUUUUUACUUUUACAAACAUAAUUUUUUCGAAGAUAACUUGAGUAGCAGUUAAUUAAUUAGUUUUUAUUAUACAUCCAACAUCUAUAAAUUGUAAGAAUGAAUAUUAAAGAAGAGCUCAAAAAGAGCGUGCCUUAUAAAUCACUUAAAAAUGUUAAAAAAAAAUCAUAUGAUCAUUCAUCUGAUGAAAAUGAUUUAGAAAUGGGAUUUCCGAUACAAUAAAAUGUACACACAUAUAAUAUUCUUAAAGAUUAAUAAGGAUUAAGUAAAAUCAAAUAAAUUUUAGAGGGAACUCAGAAAUAAGAAUACAAUUUAUAUGAAUAUUUAACAAUUUUUGAAGAGCUAACUAUAAUACUCCAUUUUGCAAGCCAUCAAAAUGAUACUUUUAUCAAAAAAAUUAAAUAACUCUCAUAAAUAUUAGGUAGAGAUGAGAAGUUUUUAUCUGAAUAUAUUGAAGAUAUUAGCUAUUUUAAUAGAUUCAGUCAAAAGAAUUUCAAUUUAUUAAUAAAAAAAUUAAAAUAAGACACUGAUUUAACUUUAACAUAGAGGAUAAAAUGGGUAAAGUAGCUACCUUUUACUAACAAUAUGAAAACAGUUAAUUAAUUAGAAUAUGUCCUUGAAGUAUUUCCAAACACAAUUAAAAAUAUCCUAAACGAUCAAUCUAACAGCUUGAUAGAAAAAUAAAGUAUCAAUUCGGAGUAAAUUUACUUAGAAGGAUAAAAUUCAUUUAAUUAAAAAGAGCUAAGCGAAUUUUUCUUUAAAUAAGAUCACAAUGAAAAAUUAUAGAAAGCCAAAGAUUUAUUCUAAAAUAAAGUUAGGUAAUUAAGAAAAAAUCCUGUCAACUCGUAUUUUGAUUCGGACUCGAAUGAUAAUGAUGAAAAUGAUAAUACUUAAUAACAAAUUAUAAAAAAACCACAUUCUUAAAGCUAAAAGUUUAAUAAAAUUAAUUUUGAUGAUUAAAAAAGAUAUCAAGAAAUAUAAGAAUCUGAAAACGAUUCUCAAGAAUUAUAAUAGCAAAAGGAUGAUGAUUAUGAUGAAAAUUAAAAUGGAUAAAAAAAUAAAAACUCUUUAAAUGCAUUGCUUGCAAAAGUAAUUUAAUUUGAUGGUUAAGACCAAAGUGACACAAACGAAUAGAACUAGUAAGAGAUAGAAUUUUAGAAAUAUCCCUUCGACUCAAUGCUACGAAAUGACUUAAUGAGCUUAAGUGAAUAUCAAAAGUGUAUAGAGAAUAUUUAAAAAAAUUAGUAAUUAACUGUGAAACAAUUUUUGUUAAAAAAAUCUAAUUGA